CAAUUUUCGACAAUGAAGUCUUUACAACUGCCUAUCUCGCAAUCGAAUAUGCGCUGCAGUGUUCAUAUGACCGUUUAAAAAAAUCAGUGCAGUGAUAUGCAGAGCAGCUGCGGAUAUUUUUAUGCCCCAGUGCACACUUUCGUAUCACCGCAUCCACGUGCCACCUUAGAUCUCAGACACUCUUUCCAGUGAAGUAACUUUGUCCGCCAGCCGCGCGCCAGUGAAAUUCACAAGAUUGGUUUUGAGGAAUUGGAGUAAUGGCGAGAUUUUUAAGUCGUUAAUAAUAUUUAUUUUGAUUUAAAAUAACAAUUACGAAAACAAUACACAGGACAUUUGCUUCGCUGUCAAAGCCCUCUCCGUCGGAGCACUUCUCAUUGGAAGUUGCGUUCGUGAGCACCGCCUUCAAAAACAAGCCAGUCGCUCAAUGCGAGCUCCCAACGAAACAUGCCUUCACACGAAAGUGACAGACGGAUUUGACCGUAGGCUACUGGUACACAGUGAUCACCUGAAGUCGCGGUAGAAUUCGCUGGCUCCUUUACUUUUGUUUACUAUAGGUAUUCACCAACGAACUAGGUGUGAAGGCGCCGCGUAUAUCAGCCUAUACUACCCUGCUUGGUAAAUUGUGAGACGACAGCGGAAUAUGAAGUUGGGCAUGACCAUAGACUCCGGGGUGUGGGUGUAACCACUAAACCAGCCAGGGCAAAAAGGGACAGACUUCGGGAGUAGCGGGCAGACGAGUAGAGAGAAGAGCCACAGAACCAACCCAGGUCUCUAAGCUCUCACUGGGGGAGGGCGAGGUGAAGAUGGCCGACACCGAGGACGAGCAGGGCAGGACGGGGAAGCUCUUUGAGAACUUUGUCCAGGCCUCCACCUGCAAGGGCACACUGCAGGCCUUCAACAUCAUGUGCAGGCAGCUGGAGCUGGACCCCCUGGACCAUGAGACCUUCUACAGCAGCCUUAAGACCAGGAUGACCUCCUGGAAGGCCAAGGCCCUGUGGACUAAGCUGGACAAGAGAGCCAACCACAAGGAGUACAAGAAGGGGACAGCUUGUGCAGGCACAAAAUGCCUGAUCAUCGGUGGAGGCCCGUGUGGCCUGCGGACUGCCAUCGAGCUGGCUUUCCUCGGGGCCAAGGUGGUGGUGAUCGAGAAGAGGGACGCGUUCUCCCGCAACAAUGUGCUGCACCUCUGGCCCUACACCAUCCAUGACCUUAGGGGCCUGGGAGCUAAGAAGUUCUGUGGCAAGUUCUGCGCUGGAGCCAUAGACCACAUCAGUAUUCGGCAGCUUCAGCUCAUGCUUUUGAAAGUCGCCCUCCUCGUGGCUGUUGAGUUCCACGUCAACACGGAGUUCGUCAAGCUGCUGGAGCCUCCAGAAGACCAAGAGAAUGAAGGACCUGGUUGGAGGGCAGAACUCCGUCCUGCUGAUCACCCAGUGGCUGACUUCGACUUUGACGUGGUGGUGGGGGCGGACGGGCGACGGAACACUCUGGAAGGGUUCAGGAGGAAGGAGUUUCGUGGAAAACUAGCCAUCGCCAUCACAGCCAAUUUCAUCAACAGGAACACCACAGCAGAGGCCAAAGUGGAGGAGAUCAGCGGCGUGGCCUUCAUCUUCAACCAAAAAUUCUUUCUGGACCUCAAAGACGAGACAGGGAUCGAUCUGGAGAACAUAGUGUACUACAGGGACAAUACUCACUACUUUGUCAUGACAGCUAAGAAACAUAGUUUACUGGACAAGGGAGUCAUCAUUAACGACUACAUUGACACUGAGAUGCUGCUGAGCAGUGGGAACGUGAACCAGGAGGCUCUGCUAGGCUAUGCCCGGGAGGCAGCGGACUACGCCACCCACUACCAGCUGCCCACCCUGGACUUCGCCAUGAACCACCUGGGCCAGCCGGACGUGGCCAUGUUCGACUUUACCUGCAUGUAUGCCUCCGAGAACGCUGCUCUUGUCAGGGAGCGGUUCGGCCACCAGCUGCUGGUCGCAUUGGUGGGAGACAGUUUACUAGAGCCGUUCUGGCCCAUGGGCACAGGGUGUGCUCGAGGUUUCCUGGCAGCCUUUGACACAGCCUGGAUGGUGAAGAGCUGGGCACAGGGCAGAGCUCCAAUAGAGGUGCUGGCAGAGAGGGAAAGUCUAUAUAGAAUACUACCUCAGACCACAACUGAGAACAUCACCAAAAACUUUGAUCAGUAUACAGUUGACCCAGGGACACGUUACCCCAAUCUCAACUCUAACUGCGUCAGACCUCACCAGGUGCGACAUCUCUACAUCAAUGGAGAGCUGAAGAACUGUUCUUUAGAGCGCGCUGCAACUGUACGUCGCCCCGUCAACCUGUCUAGACGAGAGUCCGAGGUGAGGCCAGGCCGGCUACAGACGUGGUGCCAGAAGCAGACGGACGGCUACCAGGGCGUGAGCGUGUGCGACCUCACUUCCUCCUGGGCCAGCGGCCUGGCCCUGUGCGCCCUCAUCCACCGCUUCAGACCCAACCUCCUAGAAUAUGAUUCGCUGAACGAGGAAGACUAUGCUCAGAACCUCCAGCUGGCCUUUGACGUCGCUGAACGCGAGUUCGGCAUCAAGCCAUUCACCACCGGCAAGGAGAUGGCAGCUGGUCAGGAGCCGGACAAAGUCACCAUGAUUACCUACCUGUCCAAGUUUUACGAGCUCUUCAGGGGAACGCCUCUUCCACCCUCAGAUUCAAGGAGAGAGGGGGAUGCUAACAACGAUGACUGCCCUUCCAAACCAACCAGGCCUGUUUACAAAUCAUUCAGCUUUACGCAGCCAAGAAAGCGGAUACCAAAGGAUGAUAAGAAGUUGGAGGAAAAUGACCCGACCUACAAACGAAGACGGAAGAUAUGCAGCUAUUUAGAAGAGGCCACAAAUUUCUCAAGUCAAAGUUCGUCCGGGAGGGACGGGCAGGAGCUGAAGGAGAACAAGGUGAAGUCCAUGGCUACCCAGCUUCUGGCCAAGUUUGAGGAGAGUGCCCCUAGCUGCUCCCUGCGAAGACAGUCUGGGUUGGGCACGGUGAGGCCACCCCGGCCUCCCUCCCUCGACAUGACUGAGAGCCCCCUGUUUACCAGACCCAAGGAGCGACGCCCUCCUCCUCCUCCACCUCCUCCUCCUCCGACCAGGAGACAGUUUCAGUCUGCAGCUGCAGUCAGACACAAAGAGGAACAACCCCCUCUGCCCUUACCCCAGGCCAGCCCCCUCUUCACUCGCAGGCGCCCCAAGCAGGUCGUUCACUCGUAUGAGCAGUCGCGGCCCAACUGCGCAGACACUGCUGCUUCGGCCGCAGGCGCUGCGGACUCUGCAGACGGGGCAGACUGCCCCGGCCACCCUCACUCCCCUCGCUCCGCAAUAUUAGUCAUGAGAGGGAUGCUUCAGCGCUUGCAGAGGGUGGAAGAUGAGAUCACCCAGAGAAAAACCCAGACGCAGAAUGCUAGAGAGUUUCACAAAAAGAGCAUAAAGGAGAAAGCCGUCCACUUGAGCUCUCUGUUUACCGGGUCCGAGACCUCUGCGGCUCAGCCUGACUACUCUGCAGUGUUGCCUCUUAACACCAGCCACCUAACUCCCCAAAUAACUCCAGCAAUAACUCCACCGCCCCUCCUGCCAGAAUGCCCCACUUCGUCCUGCCCCCCUCCUCCCACUUUCAUAUCCUCCGCAUUCUGUCUGCUGCAGCAGCAGAAGCCACAAGAUUUAGAUAUGCAGCUUUGUAGAAACACAGCUGAAAGACAAGCACUGAAUGACAUGCGGAUGUGUAGCGGCAACACGUCCCAUUUUACGCUCAACAAGCAAAUAGAAACGCCUCAGUCAAAGCAGGACCCUGCUGGGCCCAAACAGCGCACGGUGGGGAAGGUGUCUCUGGUUGUGAGAGCCAGGGCUGAGACGAUAGCCUCUCUCUAUGAGCACGAUCACAAGCCCAAGGCCAACAGCCCGCCAACCUCUCCGGGCUCCUUCCGUAGGGAAUUAGGUGGCAGUGAGUCAUGUCACUCCUGUAACAGACGGGUCUAUGUUGUGGAGCGGCUCAGUGCGGAGGGCCUGUUCUUCCACAGAGAGUGCUUCCGCUGUGACACGUGCUGUACUCCGUUACGCCAGGGCGGACAUGCGUUUGACUCUGAAACAGGCAAGCUGUACUGCAAACUGCAUUUUGCAAAACGCACAUCUGGUGCAAAGCGAGAGAAGGCUUUCGGUCUGCAUAUGGAAAACGACAGCACAGGACUCCAGGACGACUCCGGGACGCAGAACUCCAGCGGAGGCAGCUCCUUCUGCCCACGGCCGUCUCCAGGUACCCUGGGCUCGCUGCUCAGGAAGAGCCUGAGCUGGCCCGUGCACGUGACCCGGUCUGUGUGUGCCGUGCCCCGCCGCCUGUCGCGCUGGAUGCGUAGCGCCGCUCAGGCCACGCGCCUCCACCUCACGGCCCACGCCGAGGACUAUGGCUUCCUGUUCGAGCUGCUGAGCCUGGGCCUGCCCCUGCUGGGCUUCCAGCUGGAGGUGCUGCUCCACAUGUACUCCGAGCUCGAGCUCGGGCCAGGGACCAUCUCCCCGCAGCCCCUGCUGCAGUGGGCUGAGCAGCACCUAGGCCUCAGGCUCAUUUAGAAUAAAAGAAUGGAACUCCUAUGUUCCUCUGGGGCUCAAUGCCAUUCUAGAGAACUCACUCGUGUUUCCUAAACGCAUGUUUGAAAUGCAUGCGGUGAUGAUGGCUGGCCACUGUGUAAAUACCUAUAAACAAGGUUUUAGUUUUUUUUCCCUAACAGUCUGCUGAAAGCAGGUUGUAGUUUGUUCAUAAAGUAAUUUCAAGAAAAUUAAAGACGAUCAGCAAGUGCCUGAUGUAAAACAUCUUUCACGUCAUGGGGUUGAUGUGUGUGUGUAGCAAUGUUUUAAAAAUCUAAAUGUACUCAUCAGUACACGUCUACAUUCAAAUCUCCUUUAUGAAUCUAUUUGAUGAGUUGCUCAGGACAACUCCUCCAAAUAUGUGUUCAUUGCUUUUCUCAGGUUGCUGUAGCUCCAGUCUUUCUGAACAUUGUGAUUAAUGCACAAUGUCUUAGAGCACUUUAAAAUGGUGGUCUGUCCUUGCCUGUACAUGUGCCUAUUUCUGAGAGGUCUUUUUUUAUUUCUCGUGUGCAGACAAGAAUGACCAGAUUUGUGCAGAUGCUGCAAGUUUACUAAACCUGACAGAACUCAGCAGGAAGGGCAGUGUGUUCCUUUAAGGUCGUGUGCAAUGAAAAAUGCCAAAACAGGGUUUCAUCUUUUAAGCCAUUCACAUAGCCAAAUCUUUAUUUAACAGGUUUACAUGUGUAUGUGUGUCUGUGAGUGUGUUACAAUCUUCCGUUAGAACAUUUCUUAGUAUCUCCCAUCUCAAACAUGCUGUACCAUUGAAUUGUAACACUCUUUUAUUUUACUUUGUUUCCAACUAUCAUUUUGUUGACUUGUACAGCUGUGUUUGGGCAUUUUUUCCUUGAAAUGUAGCUGGAUGAAAGUAGCAUUUCAGGGAAGUCGCUGACUGGCAUGGCUUGGUGCCAUCCGUUGUACCAGUCCAUGUAAAGAUGACCCAGGUUCAGAUCAUGAUGCUUUUUAAUACCCCUCUUUAAUUUCCAGGACAGAAUUGGAAAGUAACGAAAAUGCAUUGAACACUUUUCUGGUAGUAGCAAAAGCAGAAAGGAGUAUAACGGAUUUGACAUGGUUCAUCUUAGUCCUCUGAAUCUGGUUGUCUCUACAACUGUUAAUGGCAUGUCAUUCCACUGCUUCAACUCGGCUACCCUAAAACUACUCGUAUGCAUGAACAGUUGAGUUGCAUGUGUGAAAGAGCACCUUAUAUAUCAUGUACACCAAAGAUAAUGCAGAUGCUGUAGAAAUGUUUUUCACCAAACUGAUUUUCACCAAAGAUCUUGUUAGAUUUCUGGUGUUCUCUACAUGUAUACACUGAACAGUUAAACUCGUACUGAAACUCAUCCCUGGCUGGCCACUAUUAUACCCACCAGUAUGAUGUCUCCAGUAUGUGAAUAGGAGUUAAACAGUGACAGUUUACAUCCGUAGUAUUUUUACAUGGUAAUAAAGCAUUUAUUUGUAACAUUACACAUCUAGGGAGGAUUUUUCACCCACACGUUUCUCCUUGAUUUAACUCCGAUGUAUGUGUAAUGUAUGUGUCCUUUUGUCUUACUAUUGCUCUUUGCUAUCUCUCUUUCCAUUUCAUAAUACCUCUCCUUUAUUUUCUCUUCUUUGAUUCACUUGUAGUCUUUUUCCAAGUUCCCCACGUUGACACCUCCGAGUCUGAAUCAUGUCAGCCCUGAAGCUGAUCCACUCUGCAUAGUCACCUGGCCUUGUGCUGUGGUCAGUGUUUCACCAUAGGGACGCAUGAUCAGCUCUUUAUACUGUUCAGCACCUACUUUUCACUUUACAAUUUCUUACACUGAAACGUGUGUCUUCCAUUGUCUCACAUUUCAAGUGUUAAAAUGUGGCGUGUUGUGGCAUGCCAACAUUCCUUUCUGAUGUGGUGUAGUGCUUUUUCAGUGCAUGUUCAUUCUAAAUUCUGAAAGAAAAAAACUCCUGGCCUUUUUUUAACUGUCUCCUUUUUUCUAUACUUCUGUCUUUUAUGUUUGUCGUCUUCUCUAUUUCAGAAUCCGUUACCCUUUCUGAAACCCAUUCAAGAGCUCCUUUGUCCUUCUUGACAAAUGGGGAUUCUUGUACCUGAGUGGACUGUAGUUUAAGUGGCACCUUUUAUUUGACAUGUUGUAAAACUGUAUAAAGUUAUUUCAAGUGAAACUUGUAUGGAACAUGGAAAUGUGCAUAUUGCAUUAUUUAUGACAUUCAGAGCAAUGCACACAUACAAUAAAUGAACUGAUUUGUUUUA